UGAAUAAAUAAACAAAUAACAAAACAAAAAAACUAGGGGGCAAAUCGUAAAUAAGAUGAGUUUCUCCGAAAAUACAUCUGAUUCUGACUGGAAAGAUGCAAAAAUUAAAGAAAAAGGUAAAGUGAAAACUGGAUGUGGAAAACUGAAGUACAGCCAAAAGUUUUGUGAAAAAUGGCUUAGCCUCUUCGAACCAUGGCUUACGCGAUCCGCUGAUGAUCCUAACAAACCAUUCUGUCGAGCUUGCCAAUGUCGUCUUGAUUGCAAUCGUUGUCAUUUGGUGCGACAUGAACGUACAACGAAACAUAAAAGAAAUUUGGAGUCACUGGUGACCAAGGGAGAAGGUGCUGUGCGAAAGGAGUUAAGUGUACGCCAAGAACGCAGCAAAUACUACCACCAGCGAAAGCGCGCUCUUAAGGAGGUGAAACAGGAGCCAGUGAGCACAGUACAGGAAAAUGACCUUUUAGAGGUGGAGCCAAUUGCAGAAAUUACUCCUAAUGGGGUCAUCGAAGAAAGCACCCAUAACUUCGAGGUAAUUGAGGAGGCCCCACAGGAACAGCUCCAAGUAACACCGAUUGUCAAUGCGCAAGCGGCCCUUAUGACAGCAAAGAGCGCAAAGCCAGAACCACCAAUCAUUAAAUCGGUCCCAAGUCGCAACGCUAACUCUUCAUCCAAUAAAGAAGGACUGAAACUAUUGAUGCAAAUCCAGCAGGACAAGAACGAGCUAAUGGAAUCAUUUCGAGAACUGAUUGGAGUUCAACUACCGCACCCGCCCCUAAGAGAGAAAAAUCAUGUUGAUCUGUUCUUCGAAAGUGUGAGCUCCAGUGUUAAAGCGCUUUCUCCUAAACUUAUCGCGGAAGCAAAGAUGAGAGUAUCGCAGCUUAUUUGUGAGCUUGAGCUCCGCGGCUUAAGAGAUAAUGAUGAACAAGGAGAACCCACAGGUAUAGAGAUGCCAAUUACGCCAAUGGCAAACAAUGGUCACCAUAUGGCCCAGGAGACCAACGGUGACCAACGCAUAGCUAAUUGCUUUAGAUCUAUGACAUAAAAGAGAAAGCCGGGCUUAUGAUGCAAAUGUAUUGAUAGGAGAACUAGAUCUAAUUUGUAAAAAAAAAAAUUGUAAAUAGUUUUAAUUGGAUAU